CUAAAAAGUUUCGCUUUCAUCUGUUUGAAUCUUGUGUUGAUUCCAAGAAGAAAGACGGCCAUUGUGUUUGCUAUGCAGGUAUUGAGACUUUUCUAUAACUUGUGUUGUAAACAGACUUAUUCUAAGUUGCUUUUUUUAGAAUAGAUGACAAUGGAAAAAAUGAAAUUGAAUCAAAACAGCGCGUGUUUUCUAUUUCUAUCCCCCUCGUGAUUUUCACUUGAGUUUAGUGAUACAGUAUUUAGGUCGCGGUAUAGUUAAUCAGAAUUCAUAUCGUCAGUGAAUCUUUCACUUUCACUCAUACUUUAGUUAACAGAAAAAAUUUUUUCAUUGUGAAAUUAUUUUGUAGGCAAACAAAAUGGUUGAAUCAAGACGAACACAGCUUAGAAAAAGAUUUUGUGGAAAAACCGGCAGUGUCUUGUCCAUGCUAUUCAUGACCAGCUCGUUUUUCUUGGUAGAAAUCAUUGUUGGUUAUGCGACGAAUUCGAUGGCUCUUGUGGCUGAUUCGUUUCAUAUGUUAUCCGACAUCAUGUCACUUAUAAUUGGCUUUUUCGCUUUGAGAUACUCCAAACGUAGUCAGAGAACGGAACGAAACACCUUUGGUUGGCAAAGAGCAGAGGUGCUCGGUGCUUUGGUGAACGCUGUGUUUCUGAUCGCGCUUUGUUUCUCGAUUUUGGUCGAAUCACUAAAGCGACUCGUGGAAACUGAGUCGAUUCACAAUCCCGUCUUGGUCCUGAUCGUUGGUACUCUUGGCCUGCUCAUAAAUGUUGUCGGUUUGAUUUUGUUUCAUCAACAUGGGCAUGGUCACAGCCACGGUGGCCAUGGACAUAGCCACGGUGGUGGUGUUCAAAAUGGCACUGAAUUGAAUGAGCUAAUUCAAGUGCAAAAUGGUUCGAACGGAGUCGAUCAAAAAUCUACCGGAAGUCAAUCAGGAUCAGAAGAGGACGAAAAUGAAAUGAACAGUGAUGCUUCUAAUGGCCUCGUCCCGGAAACUGAAGGUGAGAAAAUUUACCUUCUUUUUUAAAAUUAUUUUGAUCAAAGGACACUGAUUUUUCUAGUGGACACUAAACUGAGUAGCAUUUACUUUUCAUUAUUCUUGCACAAUCUUAACAUUUUGGUCUAUUUUAAGCCUACCGCUAAUAAAGGAUUAUUGUUAGUUAAAAAAUAGGGAAUUUUAAAUUACGUGAAAACAUGUCGGUAAUUUUAUUAGAAAUGCAUGAGUGCAUAAACCCGUCUUUUAAGUUCCACUUCACCAUAGUCACUCUGAACUGAGAAGCAUUUACUUUCUUGCACGUCCCUACUAUUUGGGUCCAUUUUAGCCUUACUUGUCUAGUAAUGAAAAAAGAUUGUUAUAUAAAAAAUAGGUAAUGUUAUUAUAGCAUGCUUAAAAUUAUGUUAUGACAUGUAGCAAAUUUAAUUAGAAAUGCAUGGUUUUAUAAACCAGUUUGUAAAGUUUCUUUUCACCAUCCUAACACUAAUUUUUGUGAUUGAAUGAGAUUUGAGAAGCAUUUACAUCUUGCAGGUUUUUAAUAUGUUGGCCUAUUUUAGCCUAACCAAUUUUGUAAAAAAGGUUAUGUAGAGUCUUGAAGUACGUGAUGACAUUAGAAAUGCAUGCCUGUAUAAACCGGUUUGUUCCUGACACCAUCUUGACUCCCUCUUAUUAUAAAAGAGGCACUGUCAUGAUAUUUGCUCUCUUUUUGAAAGCUAAAACGUGUCUUCGCAUCAAUUAAAUUCCAAAAAUAAUCGUCUGGUUUUGUUAUUUCAGACUAUAUUUAGGUACUAAAAUGGUUUCCUGCUGUCUCUUGCCACGGAUAGCAAGGAUGGACAUGGAUUGAAACUUGGGCCAACUUUUUCUGCUAUACCUACAAAAAUAACCAAAAAAAAAAUAUCAUCAGGCGCGGAUCUAGGAUAAAUACUGACUGAUUUCCUAAACGAGCACCGAAGGCGCAAGCUUCUAGAGGGUCCAGUGGCAGGCUCCCCCAGGGGAGUUCUUGGAUUUUUAACUCCUUUAAGUCCUCUUUCCUGCAUCGGUUUCUGAGUCAUUUGGACGGGAUAUUGGCCAGAGUUCAAUUUGGAAAGUGUUUUAUUUAAUUUUUGUUGAAAAUAUAUUUAUUAUGAAAAAUCUGACCGAUUUCCGUAAAACGCUGGAAGCCGGUGUGGAUCCGCGCCUGAUCAUUAUGGUUUAAGUGUUCCCUGAUGAAAUUUGCCAGAUAUCUUUGUCAUAAUUCUACAGGAGCAUUUUGUGUAGGGUGUGUGAGUCACAUAGUCCCUUUAAACUUAACAUGUUUCUUAUUUGCUGAGCACUAGAACAAUAUGGCUAACUGCAAUAAUUGAAGGGUCCAGUGAAUCGGGGCUGUCAAAAAGCUUUUAAGUAGCAGGCUGAUAAUGAAUACUAGGUGGCUUUGGAACUCGCUCCAAAGGUACAUGUUCUUGAGGGCCGAGGCAUCUAGGGACAUUUUGAAAUUUAUAGUCUCAGAAAUGGCAUUUCCAGGGGUUUUCAAGAGGUAUUUUCCACCACAGAUGCUAUGUUGUUUGGUCAGAAUGCUGACUGGGAACAUUGUCAUCACAAUGUUCCAGGGUUUCUAUGACACCUUACAGUUCAAAUGUUUCACAGAUGUAAACCUGUUUAAAUAAAUUAUGUGUUUAAUGUCUUUCCAAACUGGGAAAUGGAUGCUUUACAACAUAAUUUUAUUCGAUGGUGCUUACUUUUUGUUAGCAGUUAUGGCAGGAGGCGUAAGUAACCAGCUAAGGAUGGCUAACUAGCCAGCGGUUUUGGCUGGCUACCCUCCCUUAUUAAGGGCCCUCACUGGUGAAUAAAAAUGGAUGCAUGUGACAAUUUUGCCUUUAUCCUUUCAGCCCCAAUAUGCACAUUAUAAAUCCUGCAGCCUUAUCUCCGUACAUUUCCUUGAAGACUUAGUUGAGAGAAUUUAAUAAAAGAUCAAGGCAGUUUCCCUUUGGUGAUCAUUCCAGUUAUUCUCAUAACAGUUUCUCUUGAUGAUGUAUUAAUACUGUGAGGUGAAAAUUAAUACUGGCCACUCUUGGGACUUAAAAGGGCUGAGUAUGCAUCGUACAGAAAGGCUGAAUUUUUGCAUGUAGGCUCUUUUUGCGAUGGCGAACCCUUAUCUGGGAAAAUAAUGUGAGACAAUAACUGGAUUUCUGAGAAAAAAGGCCACAAUUUCUCAGAUAUUUUGUCUUGCUGGGUGAAAUAAUGGGAAAAAUAAUUGUUCAAAGAACAGCUCUCCAAAACUGUACUUCUUCAAAGAACAGAGAACUUGAUAAACUACAAAUAGACACGUACUGCCUAUUCCCAUUCUCAGUAAGCAGUUUUUGAGAACAAGGUGUUUUUAGCCAUAUUUAUUUUUGAGCAGAAUAACUAAACAUCAGUGACACUAAUAAUACCAUACCAUAAAAUUCUGAAAAUAAGCCCCUCCAUGUAUAAGCCCCUCCAAAUAUAAGCCCCCCAAACUGGUAACGCAAAAAACCCUCCGUUAAAUCGACCCUCCAAAAUAUAAGCCCCCCGGGGGCUUGUACUUGGAAAAUAGCUCUCAAAUAUAUAGUAAAACAAAGCAAAAUUGGUAUAUUCAUUCCCAGCUAUAAGGCUAGCCCAAACGAUUUUGAAACACAAAUUUUCCUCCGUAGAUAAGCCCCUCCAAAAAUAAGCCCCUCGAAAAGGGCCUUUGAAAAAUAUAAGCCCCGGAGCUUAUUUUCGGAAUUUUACGGUAUUAGUUAUUUGAGAAAAUAAAAACCUGCAAAUCCAUAGCAAUUAAUGCAUAUAGUUAAUAAGAUCUGUUUCAAAUAUAUUUAGUGAUAUUGUUCAAAGGAAGAUGAAUAAAUUAUAAAUUUUGCUAUGCACAGUGACUUUAUAGUUUGCAUGUAAGAGACUAACCCAUGCUCCCCUCCUCACUAAAUGACUUGCGAUUUUUUGGCUACUGCAGAGAAUUCAAGCAGAAUCCAGUUGUCCAAGUAGAAUUUCAGGCAGAGUAACUAUAUUUUUUACAAGCAUUGCAGCGGGGUGCAAAGAAAAUCAGUUUUACAGCUUACCAUUCGGGCAAGCUGUAGCUAGCUUGCACUAACCCAAAAAGUCAUUUCAACUAGCCCGCCAAAAAAUUUUUGAUGUGUACUGAUUACACUUGUUUUGUAUAUUUGAAUUCCCCAAGUUAAGAACAGAAUUCACUAGCUAGCCCUCAUGAUAGAAAAAUCCAUUAGCCCCAGGCUAGUGUGCGCUACAUGCUUUGAACAUAGGCUGGUAGAAUAAGCUGUUUUACAAGCAGAUUUUAUCCAAGCGCAUUUUCUGGUAGUGUGGUGUCUCUUGUCUGAGGGUGGAUGUGGCUAGAUAUAAAAUAUAUGAUAAUAAAGUAGAAAAUCAGUAAAUUAACAGUAAACAUACCAGUUAAUAACACUUUCUUAUGAAAAAUGCCAUUUUAUCUAAAUAGCCACUCAAUGCUCUUUGUUGUUGUUGUUGUUCUGUCUACAGUAUAUUUGUCAGGUAAAAAUGGAACGGUACACACUGUUGUCACCAAGUCUAAGGGGAGCAACAUGAAAGUCAAGUCAAGUGCUCAACUAAACAUGCGAGGUGUUUAUCUGCAUGUUCUUGGUGAUGCACUGGGAUCUGUCAUUGUCAUUAUUAGUGCCUUAAUAAUCAAGUUUGCUUCGGGCAAGUGGACAAUUUAUGUUGAUCCUGCCAUGAGCAUGCUGUUGGUUUUUUUGAUCUUGAAGACCUCCAUCCCACUCAUGCGAGAGUCAUCACUGAUCUUGCUUCAAACUGUUCCAACUCAUAUUAAAAUCAAGGAGGUGCAAGAUCGUUUGUUGGAUCAUGUGGAAGGAGUUCUCAGUGUUCAUGAGUUCCAUGUUUGGCAGUUGGCUGGAAAUAAAAUAAUUGGUGAGUUUUGAACCUACAAUCUUGGAGAGAAUAAAAUGGAAAAGCAAACCCUCAUCCCCCUCAAAUCAAAGAUGAAGUUACACAGAAACCAAAACCAGUCAGUUUCCCUUGAUUUGAAGUGGAAGGGAGUUGGGGGGUUAGGGGGUCACAGUUUUCUAAAUACAUGUAUUUUGUCCAAAGCACAAUCUUGGAUUGAAUAAAAUGGAGCAGCAAACCCCCAUGCCUGCCAAAGUCAUGGAUGACGCCACACAAGAGUCUAAAUGUGCCAUUUUCCCACCCUUUAUAUUGUGGAAGGGGGACAGGGUGUGAACUUUGCGUCCAUUUUGUCUAAGAUUGUGGGACAUUUGAUAAGUAAAAACAAAAGACAUGACUGCAUCGUAGAUUUACCAAAGUGGAGCAAGUGGGGCACAGAAAUAAUCUGGAUCAAAAAAAUCAGUUUUAAAUAUCUUACAUUAAGUGCCAUUGUUCAUGUUGACUUUUUAAAGUGAGAAGCCACCGUGGGAAAAGGUUCAUCACGUUUUUCAAGUUGUAAUAAAGUGAUCAUUGAAAUUUUGGUAACUAAACUGGAAAAUUUAAAACAUAUUCCCCAGUUAUUUGUGGUGAAAAUAAAAUACAUAACAUGUAACUAGAUGCAGUUAACCAAAGUAUCAAAAAAGAUAAGCCAUGUCGUAUUUUAAUGACCUGGCGGAGCCUGGUGGGCCCUGGCACCCACAGUUUGCUCUUGGGUGACUAGAAAGUCUCUUAUUAUUCCUACAAAGAUGCUGGGCACCCUAGAUUUUACAGGUUCAGAGCACUGGGCUCUCUUAAAUUUCCUUAGAGCACAGCCUUGUCAACCAUAAAGUAAUUGCCAACCUGGGGACUUCAUUGUAAAGCUUGAAAAUGUUGGGUGGGUAUAUUCAUCUUUCAGUGUUACUUGGGAAAAAAAGUUACUCAAAAGCUAUUGAUUUUGGUUUUCUCUAUACGCUUUGGGGAUUUUCUCUUCCUUGUUGUUCAAAUGCCUUUUUGUGCUGCACAGACAGCAAGAGUAUAGAUCAAGUACUUUUUUCAUGAUACUCACACUCUCCUUCAUAAAAUAUUUUCGGGGGCUGUUUACAUGACACCGGGGCGACUUUCGCGCUGGAGUGAGUUCACUCCUGUUCCCUCUCAUGGCUCUACAUUUGUUUACAUGAUACCACCACAAAAUGUCAUGCCGGCGCGAGUCGCCCCAGUGUGAGCCACCCCGGUUGUUGUACCGGGGCGAGAAUUUCACUCCGAUACGAAAUCUCACAACGUUAUCAUGUAAACGCGAAACGACCACACGUGUCGGUGUGAAAUCGGUCUGCCCGUAGACUGGAACGGGUAGCGCAUGCGUAACGUUUGCGAUUUGGAAUCUUACAUGUAUUUUAUUAACAUGAAAUGUACCUUCAAAUAACGAGAUAUGAAAUGACCCAGUCAUAAUGUAAACGCGAUACAAAAUAAAAAAGUCAUCCCGGUAUAAAACUCGCGCCAGUGCGAGUUUUCUCACGUAAACACCCCCUCAGGAUGUGCUCCAUAGGCUGUGUUGCAGAAUAAGAUUAUGUCCAAUUGUUGUUGCACAUCUCUUGUACCGUUAUUUAUUUAUUUUUUUUUUUACCACUUGAAUGCUACAAAUAUCAGAAGAUUUUAUUUCAAGCAGACUUCGACACAAUAGGAUGCAACAAAACGGCAAAAUAAGUGAUUUCUAGAGAUUAUUCCAUUAAUUGUUAUUCCAGAAUAAGGUCAAUCAGACAUGCCUUUUUUAUAUUAUUUGUCAACUAUGUAACCUUUUUUGCUAAUUUUUUGGUCAGCGUCUGCCCACAUCACUUGCCGAUCUCCAGACGAAUACAUGGGCAUUGCCAACAAGAUUAAGAGAUUCUUUCACAACGAAGGCAUCCACUCCACUACUAUUCAACCCGAGUUUGUUUGUGAGGACAAGAAAGACACUGAGUGUGUCCUUGCGUGUGGGCAGAAUGAGAACUGCUCUGCUCAAAAGUGCUGUCCUGGUGAAAAUGAGAGUGAAGUGCGCAAACGCAAUCCCGUUACCGAUGAUGAGGGUGUCAUAGUUGACCAAGAAUCUGUGGUGUAAUUUACAUUUAGUGGAAAAAAUUUAUUUAAUUGGCCUUUGCCAAAAAUUUUCCUUUAGAAAACCAUAAGCAUAAGCUUAAUCUGUCCUUGACAAGUCGGGAUUUUUUUGCUCGUAAAUUUUUUUUAUUGGUUCUGAACCAAGAAAACACAGACACUUACAUGCUAAGGUACAGUCAUCCUCAUCUAUCAUCAUGAAAAAUUAUUGUAAUGUUAACGCUAGAGACCCUGUCAGUGACGGUGAGUGUGACCUGUUAGUGACCCUGUCAGUGAUAUCAAACCUCUCCUUAAAACAUCACCCUCUAGUUAAACAUACAGGAGUUUAACAACUUUUAGGCAAAAGCUCAUCACCCUUGCGAGUCCAUCUCUCAUAUGAGGCCUGGGUCACAACGCUUAAUCAUGAAAUUAACGUUAAUUUCAAAAAUUUGCGUUAAAUUUUUCAAAUGUUAAUUUCUGCAACCUUAAUUUCCGUCAUUUUGGCCCCAAAUUAUUGAUACACUCCUGACAAUCUUCACACUUAAGAAAGAAGAGUAUUUUUUCAGGGUGUACAUCCACCAGUAACAGUGAAACUGUGACGAACCCUUGAAAUGGCCAGAUUUCUUCGCUUGACACCCUUCCUAUGAUUAGGGAAAGAACCACGAACCUAGUUUCCAUUUCAGAUUUUAAAACAUUUAACUUUGUUCUCAUUGUCUCAACAAGUUUUGUGUCUUUAUGAAUAAUUUUUUAACCUGGGGUAAUGAUAGUGGUAAUAAUAGACCUUUUCACGGUUUUUUUAAAACUUUUGACAUGGACAAGAGCGCCUUAAUAUUAGUAAAGCUGCCAAAUUUGAAACUGGGAAGUCUUAAGCGAGUGAAGAUAUGGAAGGUUGUCGGAUGAAGUCCAUGCGACAAACCCGAAAGGUAUUGUGGGUGGUUUUGAGUUCACUGGUUUUCGAAGAAAUUUGAGAGAAUGGCACGAGAGGCCAUGGACAUAUGUUUGCAAGUUCUAAAGGAAAGCAACAAAAAAAUAGGUUCGACAGCUACACUGCCAGGAACAGGGUAUUGAUCAUAUCCCAUAUUACCUUUCGGGAUUGUCGCGUGCACAUUUUUAACGACAACCGUCCUCGGAAUAGCUGUAUGAACAAUGGUUAGCUUUCAGUUUUAAUUGUUUUCCGUAUUACCGAGUUUUGUAUUUUUUUUUUCAUAUGGCUCGCAUUGUGUCCUAACACUUGUCGAGCCGUUAGGUUCAAGUAGAUCAGAAUUUUGUAUUUGAUCAACAGAAAAAAUCCCAGUUAAGAACUUAUUUUUCUGGCAAAAUAUUUAUACGUUCAAACGGCAGAGUCGAUAAGGUUUAGUUUUGUAAUGUUAUCUACUUUUAUUACACUUUCUCACAGCUUGUUGUUCGUUAGUAGUAUUAUAUCAGAUAUUAAUUAUGUAGGUGUUAAGUUAUCCAGAUAUAUUUAUUUAUGGUAUAAUUGUUUGGAGCAAUUUUCCGUAAUUUUCAUAGUAACAUUUCAUAGUAACUUUGAGCUAAUUUAUGCAUCCAGGGUUUUAAUUUGGUGCUUGCUCGGAAAUGAAUUAAAAUAUUUAACGGAAAACAAGUUAUCAUCAAACAUCGUCCCAGCUUUGUUUUUACAAUAAAAUAUUUUAAUUU